AUGAUGCCUAGUUGGACGACGGCGCAACAAGCGUCGGGCGUGGCCCAGCCUCCGCCACUUUCCCCCUAUGCCUACCCACCCAAUCCUGCAUACACAGCUGUGCCUGUCCGCCAAGGUUUUGGCACCUAUCCCCCACCUCCACCUCUCGCGCACGCUGCUUACGCUGCUCCCCCGACGCUCGCACAACCACCAUCCAGUGACUCCUCCUCCGCCGCUGCGAAACCUGAUUCGAAACAAGGCAAAGUAGUCUGGCCUGAUUCUGUUCGCAACUACGUGUCCCGUUCUUUUCACCCCGAUAAUAGCGAUCCUUCCGUGACACGCGCAGAGAUGGAAGUCAAGCUGAAGGAAGUCAUUCGCGCUGCUACGGACAAUAACACGCUUAACACUACCGAAUGGGAUAACAUGCCGCUGCCGCAAGCCCUAGUCAAAUUCGAACGCUCCACUGCUACGGGGACCUCGUCGCCAUUUCAUAACAAGAAGCGGAAGUCCUCCGAGUACGCUGGGGCUGGCGAAACGCAACCUCCGUGGGCAUCUACUAACACGUCUCGCUCUCUGGGGGAACGUAUCUCGUCUCCUAGUAAACGCAUCAAUGCCGGCGCCUUCAAGUCAAGUAAGUUCGAAACCGAAGCCAAUAAACGCAAGCGACGGUUCGAGAGCGAAUACCAGGCGAACCGCUCGCCUAGCCCGCCCCCUCCGUCAGACGGACCUGUUGUGGGAACGUGUGAGACCUUGGAGAAGAGGUACUUGCGUCUCACUUCCGCGCCUGUGCCAUCCAAAGUCCGGCCUGAGCGAAUCCUUCGCCAGACUCUCGAGCUUCUCAAGAAGAAGUGGAGAAAAGAAGGCAACUACUCGUACAUUUGCGAUCAGUUCAAGUCCAUGCGUCAGGACUUGACGGUCCAACAUAUCAAGAACGAGUUCACAGUCUCUGUUUACGAGAUUCACGCGCGUAUUGCCUUGGAGAAGGGGGACAUAGGUGAGUAUAAUCAGUGUCAGACCCAGCUUCGAUCGCUGUAUCAGAUGGGUCUGAAGGGAAGUCCCAUCGAGUUCAAGGCAUACCGCAUUCUCUACUUCAUCCACACGGCCAACCGCAGCGGCCUCAAUGAUACUAUCGCAGAUCUAACCACAGCUGAAAAGACCGAACGGCCCAUCAAACACGCGCUCGACGUCCGCUCCGCUCUCGCGCUAGGGAACUACCACCGAUUCUUCCAACUCUACAUGGACACACCCAACAUGGGAGCAUAUCUCAUGGAUAUGUUCAUCGUGCGGGAACGCCUGCAUGCCCUGUGCAACAUUUGCAAAGCUUAUAAACCUGAUGUGAAACUUCGGUUCAUCACCGAAGAGCUCGGCUUUGAAUCCGAUGCUGAUGCUGCCCAGUUCAUUAUCGACUAUCAGGGCCAGCACCUCCUCGAGGAUCGGACCGAGUACAUUGCCUUCCUGACGGGCAAGGCUGGUGGCUUGUUGGAAGGCGCUCGUGCGGCAGCAUUCCAACGGGUCGACAUCAAGGGUCAGAUUUGA